GGUGGGGGGGGGGGUGGUAGGAGGUAUAAAUCAUUAGAAGAAAGAGGGAUUCAGCCUACUCUCUGCAGGAAGAUUAGUGAAAGAGCGAGAGAGCCGCUCCCCUAACUCCCCCCACCCUUUAGAAUGGAGCCAGAUUAUCUUCACCAGCACCACUACUUACAGCUAUGAUUAGAGAGCCGAGCGCCAGAAUCGCAGAGACCAGCUGCAAACACCAUUCUCUUCCAAUUCAGUCAUAUACUGUACACUGUCUUUGUUACUGGAGCACGCCAGAGCGUGUCUGUCAAUUGCCUGCCUAAGAAAGUCCUGAACAACUUGCUAACAGCAAAAUCCAGAAGAAAACCUGGCACAGCUUUAGAAAAGUAGAGUACUCCCAUCUAAUUAGCUCUGCUCUUCAUGGAGGGCAACAAUUAUGGUUCUGUACUAAAGUGAUCUUUCACCAGAUAGUGGAUUAAGGCAUCUGAAUGGCAACAAUGAACAUACAGAGGACUUGUGAGGCAGUACGAAGAGACCUUGCACUCAUCUGCACACUUUGACUUGCCUCUUUUUUAAAAUAGAUAUUGUCACCUUGGCAACAGCUCUCUCACAGACAUACCUCGUAUGAACAGAAGAUACAUACAAAGCAUACUAUGAAAUUUCUGAAGCUGUGAACUGGGCUCCAGUUAAGGGAAAGAGAGACUUUUGUGGAGAUCUGGAUUGUGCCUCGUAGUCUUAAAAUAAAUCAAAAUGCUGGUUGGAUGAAUUAAUCCCAGCUCCUGACCCACAGGAUCAAACCACUUACUUUCAUCUCUCAGAGGCUCAAGGAGUUAAUGAGUGGUCUAUUUGUUGUCACAAGGAGAUUAAUUCCAUUUCACAUGUUCCAAAGAAUGAUUGUGUUUUCUAAUGGUCACAAGGUCUGAGCCAAAGUUAACAGAGCCUUCAGCCCCGUUUACAAAGGGGGAAGAAGUCUGAGUGUCUGACUGGAAGAGGAACUACCAUCCAGUAACCAGUCUGGGUACAGGUCUUUAACUCCUACACUGUUCAGUGGAGCUGCUGGAAUUUCAUCUGAGAGUCACCAGUUAAAACCACAAAGCUACAAUGAAUUAGACGGGCUUCAUAGGUGGACUUGAGUCCUGGAACUGCUCCUCUGCUCUGCUUGCUGAAGUUCCUUAACAGCUGCAAGGAUCUCCCAUCACUGUAAAAAGACCACACUUCAGGGAAACAAUGAAGUGCUCGCUUCGCGUCUGCAUCCUUUUCCUUGGACUGCUCAUUGUCUUUCUGACUUCUGUGUUUUUCACUUACACACUGACGGGUGUGACAAGUGCAGCCUACCUGGAGAGCCAAGCUCUGGAGAGUGUUCACCAGGUCAAGCUGGUACCUAACUACUCGGGUAUUCCGAAGCUAACCAAGGACCUUGCAAGUCAGAGGACAUGUGCUUGCAGUCAUUGUGUGGGUGAUCCUAGUGUGUCACAGUGGUUCGAUGAGAAGUUUGAUCAGGACAUUCUGCCACUCUGGACAAAAACAAAUAUGAAUUUGGACAACAGUGUGUACAGCUGGUGGGUGAUGCUUCAGCCUCAAUUCAAGCCUCAAGAUCUGACGGACAUUUUGACCAAACUCUUCCUCAUUGUGCCUGGAGAAAACCCUUAUGGUUCAUGGAACCGUUCUCGAUGUCGGCGUUGUGCAGUAGUGGGUAAUUCUGGAAACUUGCACCAAUCUCGUUAUGGAGAGGACAUCAAUGCACAUGAAUUCAUCAUGAGAAUGAACCAAGCUCCAACUGUUGGGUUUGAAGCAGACGUGGGCAGCCGUACAACUCAUCACUUCAUGUACCCAGAAAGUGCAAAAAAUCUCCCAGCAAAUGUCAGCUUUGUCCUGGUUCCCUUUAAGACAUUGGAUCUGCUUUGGAUUACCAGUGCUUUGUCAACAGGCAAGAUCAGAUUCACCUAUGCGCCUGUCAAACAAUUUCUACGGGUGGAUAAAGAAAAGGUGCAGAUCUACAACCCAGCAUUCUUCAAGUAUAUCCAUGACAAGUGGACAGAGCAUCAUGGGAGAUAUCCGUCCACUGGAAUGCUGGUCCUGUUCUUUGCUCUCCAUAUCUGUGAUGAGGUCAACGUGUAUGGAUUUGGCGCUGAUAGCAGAGGAAACUGGCAUCACUACUGGGAGAACAACCGGUAUGCUGGAGAGUUCCGGAAAACUGGAGUUCACGAUGCAGACUUUGAAGCAAAAAUAAUAAAUAUGUUGGCUAAUAUUGGUAAAAUCAAAGUUUUCCGAGGAAACUGAAAGGAAAUGGAUAAUUAUGCAUUUGAUCUUCUGAGACCACAACGUUCACCAAAUGGAUAUGAGACUGAUUACUCCAUAAUUAUAUAUAUUAAACAUUUUUUAAUCAUGUUUGAAAAUCCAUGCAGAGCUCUGGAAAAAGGAAAACAGAGCAGCUGCUAGUUUAUUAAUAUUUUUGAAGGUUAGCCCGCAGAAAUGGCAUUAUUUUGUGGAUCAAUUUUAAGAUGGCUGUUUGGUAACCUGGUGGGCACAAGAUAACUCAAUGUGCAAUUUAUUGUCAGAUAAUCUAGGAGUUACUAAGAAACAAUUUUAAUAUUUGAGUUGCAGGAUCAAAUCAGGCUGAAACCAACUAGAAUCUGAGCCAAAGGUGAAGAGAGGGAGGGGCAGGGAGGUCCUCCUUUUAGGAUAACUGUGUGUUUUUGGUUGGCCUCUAGUCCACUUUCUUUGGACAGUUGCUGAUUUGUCACUUUCUAAAGUGACAAGUGGGUAACAAGGAGACUGAAGGAGUUUUAACUUUGCAUCAUAGGAGAAAAAAGCAACACAGGCCUUUCAGACAUGCCAGUUUUGCAAGUACAGCCAGCAGUGAAACUAUUAUCCCACGGCAACAAAGAUAUGGAUUUUCAUGGCUCUCACAAGUCUAUGUUCGAGAAAGAAGGGCAGACAUGCAGGAUUCUCCUUUGGAGUGAAUGGAUUUACUUCUCUGGCUUUUAUUGUGAAUACUGGGUGCGUGAGAGACCCUGGUGCACAGAAAUAGUAGGAACACAUUUUAAAUUUGCUUCUCCGAGUUAUGUACACCAUCUGAUGUCAAUUCCUUAUAGCCUCUAAGCAUAAGCAGAAAUGUAAAAUUCGUUAUGAUUUCCUCACUGUGGUGUCCACAGCCCUACAUCAUGGUUUGCAUAUGGGCAUAAGAGCUUGGAUUGCUGACUCUGGAGGAUUCACAGCAUAUGCCCUACCAUCACAAUGAAUCUUACUGGGGAGGGAGGCAGGAGUUUAAGCAAGGAUCUCAAGUACUUCUGACUACUAUUUGCCACCAAGGGCUGGAAAGUCAGUGGGUACCUCAAGAAGCAGUUCAUGCCCUGUAUCAAUGUCCACAGUUUCACUGGAACUAAAUGAAGUUUAAAGACUUACAAAAUCCCCCGUCUCGACAUUGUAGCAACAUUAGGCCUUGCCCCCUCUGGGUGCAAACUUCGCAUCUGAAUCAGAAUCAGGUUUAUUAUCACCACCAAUGUGUCAUUAAAUGUGUUAACUUAGCAGCACAGCUGAAUGCAAUACAUAAUAUAGAAGAAAAAAUAAGAAAUACAUCAAUCAAUGACUAUACAUAUAUUGAAUAAGUAGAUUAAAAAUUAUGCAAAAAAACAGAAAUAAUUAUAUAUUUAAAAAGAGAGGUAGUGUUCAAACCUUCAAUGUGCACUUAGGAAUCAGAUGGCAGAGGGGAAGAAGUUGUUCCUGAAUCACUGAGUGUGUUCCUUCAGGUUUCUGUACCUCCUACCUGAUGGUAACAGUGAGAAAAGGGCAUGCACUGGGUGCUGGACGCUGCCUUUCUGAGACACCGUUCCCUGAAGGUGUCCUGGGUACUUUGUAGACUGGUAGCUUAGAUGGAGCUGACUAGAUUUACAGCCCUCUGCAGCUUCUUUUGGUCCUGUGCAGUGGCCCCUCCGUACAGACAGUGAUCUGGAGAGUCCUCUGGCAACUUAAAUAGGCGGAAAAACACAAAACAUAGAAUCUUCUCCCUCAUUUUUCCCAGCAGCACAUAGUGUAACUGCAGCACCACAGAUGGACGAGAGAGGCGAUAGGUUCUGGAGGCAACUGGAGUUACUGGAGGUAACAUUGGCUCCAGGCCAAUAGCCAGCUACAUGAUACUUGUCUGUCCCUGAUGUAAACUUGCAAGAACCACAACAUCGCCGUCAAGGCAUGGUUAACAGUAUUGUACGACUUUUGUUUAUUAGAAGUAAUACAUAUUAAAGAAAUUGUUAGGAAUUACAUUGAGGUUUUUAUAUUUGUUAUCUGCAUUCCUUUCCCAUUAAAGAAAAUAAAAAGGAAUCCAUUCCUCCGCAGCUGGCAUUUUGAAGGAGGAAAUGGUCUUCAAAAGUAAA